AUGGCGACCCCGGCCCACGGCGAAGAGAUCAAGAAGAAUGAUCUUCCUCCCUACGAUCUUGAGGACUUGAAGGCGGUCGAUGAGGGGAAGGAGCCCGAUGCAUUUGGGGACGAGGCCAAUGCGGAGGUCAAGUACAAGACGCUCAAGUGGUGGCAAUGUGGAAUGUUCAUGAUCGCCGAGUCCGUCUCGCUGGGUGUUUUGUCCCUGCCCGCGACGCUGACUGCGCUGGGCCUGGUGCCCGCGAUCAUCCUCAUCAUCGGACUCGGUAUUCUUGCGCUCUACACCGGCUAUGUCAUCGGCCAAUUCCGCGAACGCCAUCCCUCGAUCCACAACUUGGCUGAUGCGGGUGAGAUCCUCAUGGGUCGGUUCGGUCGCGAGCUCUUCGGUCUCGGUCAGAUCCUGUUCUCGAUCUUCAUCAUGGGCAGUCACAUUGUCACUUUCACUGUAAUGAUGAACACGAUUACCGACCACGGUACCUGCUCGAUGGUGUUCAGUGUUGUGGCUUUCGUGAUCUGUCUGGUUUUGUCGCUGCCCCGGACUAUCAAGAACUUGACCUACAUUUCUUGCGCUUCUUUCCUGAGUAUCUUCACUGCGGUCAUGAUCACCAUGAUUGGUGUGGGUGUGCAGUACAAAGGAGGCCAGAACAUCAGUGUCACCACCGAUACGAACUUGUACCACGCGUUCAACGGCGUCACGCAGAUCGUGUUCGCUUACUGCGCCCACGUGGCCUUCUUUGGUCUGAUUGCCGAAAUGGAGGAGCCGAAGGACUUCCCCAAGGCCUUGUGUCUGCUUCAGGGUUUCGAAAUCGCUCUCUACAUCACCGCAGCCAUUGUCAUCUACUACUUCGUCGGUAACGGGGUUGACUCGCCGGCUCUUGGCUCCGCUGGUCCGGUGUUGAAGAAGGUUGCUUAUGGCGUUGCCAUCCCGACGAUUGUCGGAGCUGGUGUUGUGAACGGUCACGUUGGCUUGAAAUAUAUCUACGUGCGCAUCUUCCGUCACUCCGACCGCAUGGGCAAGCGUGACUUUGUCGCCGUUGGUUCCUGGAUUGGCAUUGGCGUCACCUGCUGGGUCAUCGCCUGGAUCAUCGCCGAGGGUAUCCCUUCCUUCAGCAACAUCGUCAGCUUGAUCAGUUCCUUGUUUGCCAGUUGGUUCACCUACGGACUUUCGGGUGUGUACUGGUUGCAUAUGAACUGGGGCCAGUGGUGGUCUUCUCCGCGCAAGAUCGCGUUGACCAUCAUCAACAUGCUGAUCUUCUGCAUUGGUGCCAUCAUUUGCGGUCUGGGAUUGUAUGUCUCCGGCAAGGCCAUCCACGACGAUUCGUCCAAGUCGAGCUUCUCCUGUGCCAGCAAUGCGAUCUAG